CGAGGAUUAGUUCACUUGGUUGGCCAGUGCCUCUUAUCUUGAUCUCCCGUGUCAGAUCACGCCGUCGUCCGAGUCCCCGCACCAUUCAUAACUCCGUAUAGCCCUAACUUCUAUACUCUCAACCAUCCACCAAAAUAAGGACACCGACAGAUAAAACAAUGACAACCUCAUCACUCACCACCCUCCACCGCGCCGCUAACCUCCAAAUCCUCCAUAUCAAAUCCAACCCUUCCACAAGCUACGAAAGAACAAAUCUCAAAUCCGAAAGCCCCGCAAUCCCCUCCCGUUCCCUCUUUGAAUCGCUCUCAAAUCCCACCUCAAGUCCAACCUCCCUCCCUACUAUCAGCGAAUGUGCCGUGCAUCUAGAGCUUCUGCAAGUUUUCAACUCCCUCAAACUACGCGUACUAGCCUGUAACGAGCUCGACGACACCUUCGGAAUCAAGCCGGACAAACGCACCGUGUAUCGCAGACGAUGGUCGAACGUACAGAGACGACAUGUAAUUGUUCCGCAUAAGCUGCGCGAUCUGGGGUUCGCAAGACGGCGGUUGGAGAAAUGGCCGCAUUAUUUGGGUCUGGCGGUGACGCGGUUCAAAGUGUGGGUGAAGAUGGUCGAGGAUGGGGUGUUGGAGUCGUGUGAUGGGGAAUUGAUGAUUCUGCCUCCAUUAGAUGUGCUCAUGGUCUGGCAUGCUUUUCUGUUGAAUCCGAGCGACUUCGAUGCUUACUGCGACAAGGACAAAUUGGAUCUUGUUCGAAAAAUGCAUUUUCCAUGGAAAUUAAUUCACGCAUCUAUCGACCCCCACGAGUGGAAAUACCACCUCCCAGAGCACCACACAGCCAAACUCCAAUCCACCAACCUCGAACCCGACCUCCUCGAAACACUCAUCCAAACCGCCAAGUCAAACACCGAAGUGUCCUCCCUCCUCUCCCGCUUCAGCUGCACAAAACGCGGCAUUCUCGAGACUUUCAACAUCAUCAGAAAAUAUAACAAGGAUAAACCACCCCUUCCACGACCCCAAUCCUUCCUUGAGAAUAUCCACUCCAGCUUCCUGCAGUCUCAGACGCAGGAAAAUAAAUCCCUGAUCGACCAGAUCCAGCGCCAGGUGUCGUUCGUCGAGAAGAUGGACGCGCAGCUGUGGAUCCGGAGUCCGGCGGUGAAGGGGACUCUGGGUCGGGGUAUUGAGCGAUAUGAGAAGUUCUUGCAGCUUUUAAAGCUGUAUCCGAAGAAGAGCCUCGUACCGACGCUGGAUGUUGAUCUGGUCUGGCAUACGCAUCAGUGUAGUGCGGGACGGUAUCGGGAGGCGAUGCUAGAGAGGGUCGGGCGAUUUGUGAAUCAUGAUGAUCGGGUGGGGAAGGGUGUUGUGAGGAAUGGGAUGCAGUAUACGGCAGAGGUGUUUGGUUUGAGGUUUGGGCAGAAGUAUGAGGUUUGUUUGUGUUGGGAUUGCGAGGCCAUUGUGGAUGCGGUGGAGGGGAUGCAGGCGGAUGAAAACGAGGGGGAUGUUCAUGAGUUUGUGAAGAAUGUUGCGGAGAAGGUGUUGUUUCAUCGGGAGGUGGAGGUAGCAAGGAGAAUGGGGAAGAUGGUCCCUGUUCGGAGAUUAUCGUUUUAAUGGGAUAUGGUUUGUAUUUAGUAGGCAUUUAGGGCUACAGCUGGUCAACGCUGCAGUACAUAAACACUUGAGUUACGC